AUGCCAUUCAAUCUGCCGGGAGUUCUUGUCCCUCUUCACUUGCUCGUGAAUCCACGACUGGUUAUCCCCUCGUUGAUUAUCAAAGAUAUCCGCCAGCUUGACUUUCCCGAGCUGCGCCGUGCAGGUUAUCGCGGUGCAGUUUUUGACAAGGACAACUGUCUGACGUUGCCUCAUCGUGAUGCGCUUGUACCUGAGCUAAAAGACGCGUGGCGAGAAUGUCGAGAAAUAUUUGGGGAAAACAACGUUCUGAUAGUUAGUAACUCCGCUGGCUCGCGCCUUGACGCGGGGGAAAUUCAGGCCGAAUCGGUCACAUUUCACCUCUCUGUGCCUGUGCUACGCCAUCCGUCGUUCAAGCCAUCCUACUCCUGCAUCGGUUCAAUACGUGCCUACUUUGCCUCGCUGCCCAAACCUAUUCUUGAUGAAGAACUCGUCAUCGUUGGUGACCGUCUUCUGACCGACAUCGUCAUGGCGAACCGAAUGGCCCGGCGCCGGAGUCCCUCACACGGCCGACCUCUUCGCGAUGAGAAGAGUGAAAGCACAAUCAGAAACGCGAGCGACGCACUCGCCCUUGAAAAGAUAGGCCCUCUGGCGGUGUGGACAUCUGGUGUUUGGGAGCGGGAAAGCAUGCCAAUACGGUGGCUCGAGAAGAGCAUCCUGAAAGGCGUUAAAAAUUGGGUCGUACGUGGGCAAGGUUUGCCCUAUGAGGCGAACGCAGAGCGAUUUGUUCGCCGCGUGCCGGAGAUGGACGUGGUCCCUCAGCGAAUGUCGUUGUGGAAGUCGUUGUGGAAUCGGUGGCGGAAGUAG